AUGGGGGACGAGCAAGUUCAUGAAAAGGACAAACACCAUGAUGCUGCUCACGAAAUUAUUGAGACAAUUCGGUGGGUCUGUGAAGAAAUCCCAGAUCUCAAGCUUGCUAUGGAAAACUAUGUUUUAAUUGACUAUGAUACUAAAAGCUUUGAAAGCAUGCAGAGGCUUUGUGACAAGUACAACCGAGCCAUUGAUAGCAUUCAUCAGUUGUGGAAGGGAACCACCCAACCGAUGAAACUGAACACUCGUCCCUCCAACGGGCUCCUCCGGCACAUCCUGCAGCAAGUGUAUAACCACUCGGUGACUGAUCCAGAGAAACUCAACAACUAUGAGCCCUUUUCCCCAGAGGUUUACGGAGAAACUUCCUUUGACUUAGUGGCCCAAAUGAUAGAUGAAAUUAAAAUGACAGAGGAUGAUUUGUUUGUUGAUUUGGGCAGUGGUGUGGGUCAGGUGGUGCUUCAAGUGGCUGCAGCCACAAACUGCAAACAUCACUACGGUGUGGAGAAAGCUGAUAUUCCAGCCAAAUAUGCUGAGACGAUGGACAGAGAGUUCAGAAAGUGGAUGAAAUGGUAUGGGAAAAAACAUGCAGAAUACACAGUGAGUGAAAUUCAGCUGAAAAACUUUGUGAUCCAUGCUGAUGUACAGAAUUUGCAGAGUCCUCUUCAGCCUUUCACCAGCCAAGCAGCAGUACGAGUUAUAUCUGCUUCCUGGCUUUUAUCUCGAUCCCCAGGAUGUGUUAUUUUUGUGAAUAACUUUGCCUUUGGUCCUGAGGUGGAUCACCAACUGAAGGAGCGAUUUGCGAACAUGAAGGAAGGUGGGAGAAUUGUGUCCUCAAAACCUUUUGCACCUCUAAAUUUUAGAAUAAACAGUCGAAACUUGAGUGAUAUUGGCACUAUAAUGAGAGUUGUGGAGCUAUCGCCACUGAAAGGGUCUGUGUCUUGGACCGGGAAACCAGUUUCUUACUACCUGCAUACUAUUGACCGAACCAUACUUGAAAACUAUUUUUCUAGUCUCAAAAAUCCAAAACUCAGGGAGGAACAAGAGGCAGCUAGACGUCGUCAACAGAGAGAAAAUAAGAGCAACACAACUACUCCAACGAAGGUUCAAGAAAACAAGGAUUCUGGUGCUGAAGAAGAGAAGGCUGGGGCAAAUUCUGUUAAAAAGCCAUCUCCCUCCAAAGCACGGAAGAAGAAGCUAAGUAAAAAAGGAAGGAAAAUGGCAGGCAGGAAACGAGGACGUCCCAAGAAAAUGAACACUGCAAAUACAGAGCGCAAGACCAAGAAGAACCAAACUGCACUAGAACUUCUGCAUGCUCAAACUGUUUCACAGACAUCUUCAUCCUCACCUCAGGAUGCAUACAAGUCACCUCAUAGUCCAUAUUACCAACUACCUCCUAAAGUGCAACGGCAUUCAUCUAACCAGCUACUGGUGACACCCACCCCACCCGCACUACAGAAGCUGCUAG